AUUCGUUUUAAUCCAAAAUAUAUUAAACUAUCUCUUCACUCGCUUUGAUUAGCCUCAACCAACGAAUUUAGUUUCUCUCAUUCCUUCUGUCGUGUAAGUCAGAAGCAAAUCAUUCUUCUAUGGAAACAACAUGCGUCGACACUUCUCUCAACCUUAACGUUAUUCCUUCUACUCACAUGGACGUUGCGGCGGAGGUUAUGAUCGAAGAGUUGCAGCGUCUAAGUAGUGAGAACAAGUGGUUAACUGAAACGCUGAACCAGAUGUGUGAGAACUAUCUUGCUUUGCAAAAGCAUUUCAAUCAAUUCAGCCAACUGAGGGACACCAAUUUUGAAAAAGAAGCGACACCAUCGAUGAAAAGAAAGGUCGAGAGUGAGAAUUGUGUAAAUCUGUUUGGUAUUAACGCCUAUGCAGAGUGCAGCACUACUACUGAGGAAGAACAUUUCAAGAGGCCCAAGCAUAACACUUCGCCAAAGGUUUCUAAAGUUUUUGUACGGACGGAUGCAUCUGAUACUAGCUUAUAUGUGAGGGAUGGAUAUCAGUGGAGAAAAUAUGGUCAGAAAGUAACCAGAGAUAACCCUUCUCCUAGGGCUUACUUCAAGUGCUCGUAUGCCCCAAGCUGCCCAGUGAAGAAGAAGGUGCAAAGAAGUGUAGAAGACCCAACUAUAUUGGUGACAACUUACGAAGGGGAACACAACCAUGCACUUCAGCAAGCAGAAAUAUCAGUGAGUUCAAGCCAAAGUGAAACGUGUUCAGUUUCAGUUCCCUCUUCAUCACCCUUACCCUCUCCAAUGAAUCGGAAUACAGGUCCAACCGUAACGCUUGACUUGGUCCAGUCAAAAUUGGUUGACAUCAAUGCUCAAAAGUCAUCUAUCCAGAAGUUUAUAGUUCAACAAAUGGCUACUUCUUUGACAAGAGAUCCUAAUUUUACAGCAGCUCUUGCUAAUGCCAUCUCAGGAAGAAUUCUAGACCAUGCUUCUACGGGAAAGCCUUGAAUAAUUAACAUAUGUAUUACACUGAAUUUUGUUAUUUUGCUUAGUUAUUAAUAUUAUAAACAGCAUGAGAAUGAUCAUGAGCAUGUCAUUGUCCGGUAAUAUUUAUAUCGUACGAAUAAAUGCUUUAUUGAGAUAUUGUAUAUAUUUAUUUAUUAUAUUAAAAUUAUAAAAGUGUGAUAAAUAUUCUUUU